CAUAAGUGAGUGUUUCACAUCUGCUUCAAUUCUCAAUAGCACUUCAACGUAAACGAGAUAAGGAUUACAAACUUAUGAGAAUAAGAUUAUGGAUAUAAAAGUACCAGUAUUCCUGCAAAAAUAAGGUACGAAAGUCAAUCGCCAGCAUGGAUAAGGCAGCGGUGUUCAUUUGCCUCAUUGCAUUUACCUUCAUAAACGUAGAUGCUUGGAAUACGAAGCCUUUUCCGAAAGACUUUAAAUUCGGUGUAGCCACAGCAUCUUACCAGAUUGAAGGAGCAUGGAAUGAAGAUGGCAAGGGAGAAAACAUCUGGGAUCACCUUUGUCACCAUGGACCAUUUGUUGUUGAACACAAUCAAACAGGAGAUAUAGCAUGUGAUUCGUACCAUAAAUACAAAGAGGAUGUCGCAAUGCUAAAGGAUCUUGGAGUCAGCCACUACAGAUUUUCAAUUUCUUGGUCAAGAUUGUUACCUACAGGAUUUGCUGAUAAAGUGAACAAAGCUGGUGUACAGUAUUACAAAAAUUUGAUAAAAGAGCUUAAAGCUAACGGCAUCGAACCUUUAGUAACUCUGUACCAUUGGGAUUUGCCUCAACCUCUCCAAGUGUUAGGAGGAUUUCUGAAUGAUAAUUUUGUUGACUGGUUUGGUGACUAUGCUCAGUUAUGUUUCGAUCUUUUUGGUGACGAUGUGAGCAACUGGCUUACUUUCAACGAACCCAUUAGUAUAUGUCAACAAGGAUAUGGAAAUGGCAGAAAAGCUCCACUGAUCACAUCACCUGGCAUUGGUGAAUAUAUUUGUGGAAAAACCAUGAUGAUUGCCCACGCUAGAGCUUGGCAUAUCUAUGACAAAGAAUAUAGGUCUAAACAGAAAGGUUCUGUUGGCUUUGUGGUUGAUAGCAGUUGGUACGAGCCCAAUUCCAAUAAGACUGCAGAUAUAGAAGCUUCAGAAAUGAAACUGCAAUUUGUGUGGGGAAUGUAUAUAAACCCUCUAAUCAACGGUGACCACUCAAGUAUCCUGAAGAAACAAAUUGCCAAGAGGAGUAAACAGCAAGGGUUCAAGAGAUCCAGACUGCCAGAGUUCACUAAAGAAGAACAGAAGUACCUCAAAGGUACACUCGACAUUAUCGGUUUAAACCAUUACUCUACAUCAAUGGUAUCAGCACAAAAGAAUCCAGACCCGGACGCAAUGGGAUUCUAUGUAGACUGUGAGGUUAACGAAUGGCAGGCUGACGAUUGGGAGAAGAGUGGAUCAGAUUGGUUGAGGGUUGUUCCUUGGGGUAUUCGUAAAUUGCUGAAGUGGAUUAAAGUCAAUUUCAAUAAUACCAAAAUAUUAAUAACUGAAAAUGGAUAUUCCGACAAUGGAGAAAAGGAUCUUAAGGAUGACAGAAGAAUUCACUACGUAAAGAGCUACCUCAGCAAUAUCCGGGAUGCCAUGGACAAAGAUGGAGUGAACGUUGUUGGCUACACAUUAUGGAGUUUGAUGGAUAACUUUGAAUGGAAUAGGGGAUACACGGAGAAAUUUGGCCUAUAUCAUGUUGACUUCAAUAGUCGUAAUAGGACAAGAACGAAGAAGAAGUCUGCAGAUUUCUACAAGAAAGUGAUAGCCACGCGCUGUUUAGCUGAUAAAUGUGCAGCGUAAAAUUUCAUAGAAUUUUGUCAAUAAAUAAAAAAUGUUACAUCUGCAUUUAUUUCCUUACUUCCAAUAAAUUUAGUGUGUAACGUCUAUAAACAUGUAAGAAUCAUUGUAGGUUUUUUUUUUGUAAUCAGCCUAAUUUGUGAAGAUUUUACAUAACUUUAAGUUGGUAAUUUUGAGGUAUUUCGAAGCAUUUUAUCUCUUAAAAUGGAUUCCUGUGACUCUAUCAGUGAAAUGGUGUGAUAAGCCGGUCUGAUAUUGCAGGCAAGGAAACAAAUCAUUAUUCACUCUUACAAAAAUAUUUGUUCACUCGCAUAUAAAACAGACCACAAAUUUGAAACGGAACAUUUGUCGCUUAGAAGGUCACAUUAUAUUUGCCAAGUUAACUGUCUUUCCAUCGGCGUCCUAUGUCUUUGUAAGUACAUUUUUACUGGAACCUGCCUCAAUACAUGGUCGUUCUGUGUAGAACGCAUGACCGAUCAGUAUUAAAUGGCUUACCUGACAUGGUAUCAUAGUCAUUUGAUAACUUAUGAGAAGCGUGUUACCGUGAGCUUACUGAUUAGUAUCAUCGUCUUGGUUAUCAAUAAAAAUUUAUAUUAUGAACUUGUGUACCCAAGCAACACAUUACUAAAAUAAUUAUAAGGUAUUGCUCACUCUGAACAGGUUGGCAGUACCUAUGCAUUUCCAGCACGAGUUUGUUAUUUAGGAUCCGUUCCUAAAUUAUGUUAGCUAACUUAAAAAAAUUAUGUAACUUCACUGUCACCUUGUCAUCUAUGUGUGAUUGUACCAGUUAGCGUUAGGCGGUAGUAUCCAUAGAAACUAUUUUUUUAGAUGUGCAUCAAGUUUAUUGUUUUUGUGAUUUGUUG